AUGGUCCGGUCCAGCUUCGGCUUGCAGUGGGGCCGUAUCCUUUGGACACCUCUUGUUCGGGCGCACAGAGGGAAGCCGUCCGCCCUGGCCACUGCAUUGCCACGAUAUAACAGCAGCUCUUCGUCGACUGACCGUCAAGCCCGAACGCUCAAGCUACUGAGGAGGCUAUCUAUGCCGAGCAAGGAUAGCGACAUUCAAGAUUACGAAGACUACGAAACACUAUCAGUGUUGGACGAGAGCAUCAGAAGAGCAACAAUUCAAGUGAUUGGCAGAAAUGGCCUGGACAUUCUCGAUCGACUAGACGGAUCAAUGGUCCAUGAGGAUCAUCUCAUUGCCACGGGUGGUCUUUGCCUGGAAGCGUAUUGCGAGUACAUUGGCGCCUUGUCUCUUGCGCACGCUGAAGCCGUCGUAAGGAAAGACAGGGCUGGACCCAGGGUUUGGCGAUGGCUACAGCAGCCGAUUGUUCAGGACCAAAUCAAGUCGAAUCAUCGAAAUAACGAGAGCCUUUUGCCAUAUUUGGCCGCUGUCCUUGUGGGUGCUGGCCAUUGGUCACUCCUUGAAAGCUGGCUAGUAUCGUGCUGGCGCGCGCAUGUCACACCCAUUUCAGCUUCAUCGGCGCUGGUGAGAAAUUCCGACUAUAAUAGACAGCGUAAGGAGGCCUUCUUGCAGUUCAAAUGGGGUGGUCAAUUCCUCUCAGGAGCUUUUAAUGCAUUGUUGUGGUGGAGUCCCGAUGGUUCAGCGGACUCAGUCUAUACGAAUUUCGUACGAUUUUGCAAGGAUCACGGCCUUGAUCAAGAUGGUGCCAGGGAAAAUAUCCUCUUGGAAUUCCCGAUCGUUCCAUCCUGGGUGGCAAUCGGAAAAAUGGCCCACAAGGGCGUUCCCGCAAGUGGCAUUGCGUUUGAUGAAUUGAUGGAAAUGUUCGAGAUUCUUCUACCAGGUAACUCUUCGGCUUGGCCGAGAAGUUCUCUUUACCUGGUGCACCCUGAGGUACCUUCAGCGGACCCAGUCCUCAAGCUGUUAAAAGAUGUCGCUUCUGAUCCGAACCACAAGCUUUACGGAUUCUGGGGGACCAAAAAAUGGAUUAAGGUUGCGAAAUUCCGUCAAAGGGUAUGCUUUGAGGCUGCAGACCGGCUUCGCAAGCAAGGGAGAGCUGCUGACGCUCAAUGGGUACACGAUUUCAUGACCUUGCAUUGGGACACAGGAUUUUUAACGAAAAAUGGUACGGCCGACCCGAGAAGGGGAAGGCGAUGA